UGAACACUAAACAACCUUACACAAUCCGAGUCCCUCUCGCACUGGUGCUUGUCCAGUCGACAAGGCAAGGAAUCCCUCAAUCCAUAUAAAACCCCAUCGAACAGUCUUCAAUUCCUAGUUGGUCUCUCUGCAAUUCAAUCAAUCGAGAGAGAGAGAGAGAGAGAGAGUAGAACGAAGUUGGAUCGAUCGAUCAAUGGCGGGGGUAUCACUCCAGUGCGGGGACUGCGGGACCCUUCUGAGAUCGGUGGAGGAAGCCCAAGAGCACGCCGAGCUCACCAAGCACUCCAACUUCUCCGAGUCCACCGAGGCCGUCCUCAACCUCGUCUGCUCCUCCUGCGGCAAGCCCUGCCGCUCCAAAACCGAGAGUGAAUUGCACACAAAGAGAACUGGGCACACUGAGUUUACAGACAAGACUUUGGAGGCAGUGAAGCCAAUAAGCUUGGAGGUUGCGAAGGGGGAUGCGGAUAUGGAGGAGGCUGAUGGUGCAAGUAGUAGUAAUCAACCUGAAGAGAUGGUUGUUCCUGAAGUUGACCAGAAGCUGCUUGAGGAACUUGAAGGAAUGGGAUUUCCCAAAGCAAAGGCGACCAGGGCACUUCAUUUCUCUGGUAACGUUAGUCUUGAGGAUGCUGUGAAUUGGGCGGUUGAACAUGAAGAUGACGCAGAUAUAGAGGAGAUGCCAAAGGUGCCGGUCAACAGAAAAACCGAGGCUCCUUCUCUUUCUCCUGAAGAAGUGAAGAUCAAAGCCCAAGAAUUAAGGGAGAGGGCUCGCAAGAAGAAAGAAGAGGAGGAUAAGCGAAUGGAAAGAGAGAGAGAGAAGGAGAGGAUUCGGGUGAGUAAGGAACUUCUUGAAGCCAAGCGAAUUGAGGAAGAAAAUGAAAGAAAACGAUUGUUGGCCUUCCGGAAAGCUGAAAAAGAGGAAGAAAGAAGAGCCAGGGAAAAAAUUCGACAAAAACUGGAAGAAGAUAAGGCUGAACGAAGGCGGAAGCUUGGAUUGCCGCCAGUAGACCCUGAUUCUGCAAAACCUUCCACACCUGUUGUGGAGGAAAAGAAGAGCUCAUUGCCAGUCAGGCCUGCUACAAAGGCAGACCACAUGAGAGACUGUCUAAGAUCACUCAAGCAGAACCAUAAGGAUGAUGAGGCUAAAGUGAAGACGGCAUUUAAUACUCUCCUAACUUAUGUGAAGAAUGCUGCGGUGAAUCCCAAUGAAGAGAAAUUCAGGAAAAUUAGACUCACUAAUGCUACAUUUCAGGCUAGAGUUGGUGCACUAAAAGGCGGAGUCGAGUUUCUUGAGCUAUGCGGAUUCGAAAAAGUUGAAGGAGGGGAGUUCUUGUUUCUACCCCGAGACAAAGUCGAUAUGGCAGUUCUGAGCUCAGCUGGCACCGAGUUGAAUAGUGCGAUAAAUAACCCUUUCUUCGGAGUUCUGUAAUCCCGUUUUCUUGCAAUGUGAUUGAUAAACUGUAAAGGAGACGGUUCUUUUUGUCGUAUAUUCACAUGCAUUUGAUUGAAAUACCUGAAGAAUCCUGAACUUAGGUCGGAUUACGAGAACCAAGGGGUACGUAUCGUUUUCAUACAUGGAGGGAAAUGGGAGUGUCUGUUUAACUUAUUAAUAGGAGUGAGAAUUUGGGGUUUCCCCAGCUCUA